AUGACAAAUAUUGUGAGAAUAAUACGCACGAUCAAAGAGCGAGAUAUGAUUCCAGUGAUCAUUUUCUCGUUCAAUCGUAACGAAUGUGAAGCAUAUGCAGCACAGAUGACAAAUCUUGAUUUCAACACAGAAGAGGAAAAAGCAGCGGUGAAGGAAAUAUUUCUGAAUGCGGUCAGUUUGCUGUCUGAAGAAGAAAGCAAAUUGCCUCACAUCGGACGACUGCUUCCGCUGUUGUUGCGUGGCAUUGGAAUCCAUCAUUCAGGCCUGCUUCCGAUCGUCAAAGAAGUAACAGAGAUAUUGUAUGGAGAAGGCUUGAUCAAAACUCUGUUUGUAACUGACGCAUUCUCAAUGGAACUGCCUGCUCGUACUGUUCUCUUCACAUCGGCAAGAAAAUUUGACGGAAAAGAUUACCGGUAG